CCAACGCCCUCGGCACAGAUGGCCACCGGUAUUGGAACUACCUCGCCCCGGGUUACGAUUCAAGAGGCAGGAACAUCGACAUCUCGUGAGGGUUUGAAAAUGGCUGCUGCCAAGGCCAAGGCCAUUGAGGCCAGGACCAAUGAUACCAAUACCAAUGAUACCAAGACCAAGGUUAGUCUGAAGCAGCGUCUCUUUGGUAAAAAGCCAACGGAGACGCGUAGGCCACCGUCACCAACUUCAACUCGGAGGGCGAGACGACCCCCAGCUUCUGCCCAGAACAGGGCCAAGGCGGGUCGCAUCCUUUAUACCACCGAAGAGGAAGUGCGCGAUGCCCUCAUCGAGUUCACUGUGUUUAUAAUAUUCCUGAUUCUAACAUCUCUAGUAACUCUAUCGGUACGCCACUCGUACAUGUUCUAUUUCAACGACACAAUGAAGAAGCUCUUCACUACCCGUGAUCUGGUGAUUGCUCCCUCGGUCACUGUUAACUUUGAAAAGCAAAUCACAGUGCCGGAUUGGUGGGACUAUUUGAUUUACAACUUUCUAAUAACACUCCAUGGUGACUUGACCUUAAUGGAUGGACGUACUGAUGAUAAUGCAACGAAUACCGGUCAGGGCAGUUCGACAACAGUACCACCUGAUGAUCUGGAAUCAAGAAGUUUAAAUGAACUUCCGCAAGAAGAGCCACCUUCGGGGAACAGAGUAAUGGAGAGUUCCCGGAGCAACCCAGGAUAUCACUGGGAUCCCGGUGUGGAGUCAAAGACAAAUGACAGGAUGAAACGACAAGAUGAGGAGCAAACGCCAUUGCCAAUAGGUUCGAUACCGGUACUAAAACCGACCUAUGAUCAUCACAAUAAACCCCAUGUUAUGAAUCGUAAUACAUCUGUCCACCAUUUGGAGGGACGUGUCUUUCUGUACGAGAACCUGCUGCUGGGUCCUCCCCGAAUCCGGCAAGUCCGUGUGCGAAAGGAGAGCUGCUAUGUGAACGAUGCCUUUAUUCGAUACUUUAAUAGCUGCUAUGCAGCCUACUCUCGAUCAGCCGAGGAUAAGACAAAUUUCCAGGGAAUAUCAUAUCGAACCAUGUCCUUCCUGAAUACUAUGCCACUCUGGACAGUGCUGGCUUUCUAUCGAAGGGGAUAUGUGGUUGAUUUGACCUAUGUGAAGGACGAAAAUCUGGCUAUCAUCACAGAUUUGAAAAACAGUCAUUGGCUUGACCGAGCUCGUCUCUGUCUGGUGGAAUUCAAUUUAUUUAACGAUAAUACGGAUAUUUUUCAAAGCAUCAAAUUAAUUGCGGAGAUUCCUCCCACGGGUGGGGUCAUUCCCCAGGCCCAUUUUCAGACGGUGAAACAGCAUACGUUCUUUACGGAUCGCAGCAUGGUGAUGACAGUAGUCUAUAUAUUCUGGUACAUUAUGGUUGUAUACUACACCAUUUACGAAAUAACUGAAAUACGCAAAUCUGGCUUUAAAAACUAUAUAUUUUCCAUUAUGAAUAUGCUCGAUUGUAUUAUAUUGCUGUUAUGUUAUCUAGCUUUGGUGUACAACAUUUGGCAUAGUUUAAAGGUACACUCGAUUACCACCAAGGCCAUGACAGACUUUAAUUAUAUAAGUUUGGACGUACUCUGUUUUUGGAAUAUCUAUGUGGAUAUGAUGGCCAUUCUGGCCUUUCUCGUAUGGAUUAAAAUAUUCAAGUUUAUCAGUUUCAAUAAGACUCUUGUGCAGUUUACAACGACUCUUAAAAGGGUUUUGUUCAAAGACUUGGCUGGCUUUAGUCUUAUGUUUGGCAUUGUGUUUUUGGCCUAUGCCCAGUUGGGUUUACUUUUAUUUGGCACCAAACAUCCAGAUUUUCGCAAUUUCAUUACCUCAAUUUUGACCAUGAUUAGGAUGAUUUUGGGCGAUUUUCAGUACAAUCUUAUUGAGCAAGCAAAUCGAGUUUUGGGUCCCAUUUAUUUCCUCACCUAUAUUUUGCUUGUGUUCUUCAUUUUGUUGAACAUGUUCCUUGCCAUUAUAAUGGAGACAUAUAACACGGUGAAGAGUGAGAUCACCCAGGGAAGCAGUCAGUUGGGAUCGUAUAUCUAUAAAAAAGCAUUGAGUAUACUUUACAUAAUCAUUCACUGCGGCCGGAAGCGCCGAAAUAAUCAGGAACGUACAGCGGAAGUUGAGGCAGAAGCCAAAGUCGCCGAGGAGGAACCUGAGGUGAUGAACAAGAACUUGACAGCAACAGAGGCUCGUUACUUCCAGGAAGUUCCACCAGGAGAAGAUAAAGAGCUUUUCCGUUUAAAUAAUCGCGUGAGUCUGCUUGAGGAAAUUCUGGAGAAAUUGGUCACCAAUAUGGAUGAAAUUCUAAAGCGCGUUGAGCAGGAGAGAAGCCACAGAAAGAAAUAA